UCAAAACGUUCAUGAAGUGAUACAGAAUAGAGUAAUUCAUGGAGCGUACCAAGUUUUCAAAAUGAUAGAGUUUUUUAAGGACCACCCCGUCCUCACCGGACUAGCAGUCUGCGCAGCAGGAGCCGUAGUGUUCUGCUAUUGCAGAAGUAAAUCGAGUGUCGAGAGUGAUGGUCGAGGAGAAGAGACCAAAGAAGAAGUACCCGUCGCGGUACAAGACACCGUCGAGGAUGCCUCCGCCGAUCUUUUACAAGCGGAGAAGUCCUCACAAUGUCGAGAGAUGGUUAUUCACCUAGCCUGUUCUUGGGAGCUUUUGCUGCCCAGCUACAAGCAAGUGUACUCGGAGCUCCACCCCCGGAACCUGCUUAAGAUCUUCAUCAAGCCACGACUGCUGAUGCCCAUUGUAGUCUUUCCCGUGGCUGCUCCAAGGCAAGCAGUCGUUGUCUUUGAGUGUCCCGCUCCCACCGUCGUGCUGGGGGAUAUCCUGUACCUGGUGUCAGCGGUUACCUUCGCCGCUCUUAUAUGCUUCGUUAUUAACUUCGUCAUGAAGAUGCAUAUCCAGUCGAAGGUGAAAUCACUCCAGGGAGGCCGUCUUGCCAGCAUCACAGAGGUUCACGAGAUCCAAGAGAAGACUAUUGCUUGUCCAUCUAUUGCGUUAACCACCGAGGUGAACGCCCAGCCGUCCCCACCCGUAAAGUCGAUGGUGACUGCAUCCUCUACCGGACACAAGAAGCUCCGCCCUUUUGACAUGCGUGCAUCAUGGGACACACAAAGCUUCGAGAGCCUAGCAGCUUGUGCAUCGCGCCAGGGGCGUCAAGUCACACUCCAUCCCUCACUCGUCGAGUCUCUGACUACGCUGAUGAGACCCCUCAGUUUAAAGCAUAAGCAAAUGGAACCUCUGUCAUCGUCAGCUAAACUACCUGUGUUGGUUACAUGUAGUGGAAGACACGCAACCAUCCGACGUCGCGUCAAGGUUUAUCUGAUUGAUUACUGCGCAACAGAGCCAGACCACAUGUCUACUCUCCUAUCUUCUGUCAGCCAGGUGUCACAUGAUGAGCAUGAGUGGAUGGUGGCAGAGAUGUCUGAGCACCUUAAAGCUAACACAGUCAGUGUAACCACUCUGCAACUAGGCGUUGAGGGAAUUGGCAUGGGUUUCAUUGAUACAACAGCCCGCCCUCUAUCAGUGUCUGUAUUUGGAUGCUUGGAGGGGGAAGCUCAGGUCGAGACUAAACAAGACCAAGCUUGCAUCAUGGCGAUUGGAGAAAUGUUCAAGCCGUCCUCGCGGGUGAGACAGACGGUGACGGAAUUGCCUUUCUGUCUCAAGAAGCCCCACGUUCCUCACAUUUGUGGAUCCUGGAAAACUCAAAGUGUUGAGGGAGGCCGUCAUCCCAGCAUCAAGGAGGUGCACCAGAUGCAGGAGGAGACUAGGGCUUGUCCAUCUAUUGCGUCGACAGACCGCCAAGAGAGUGAUGCUCUCGUAACCACCGAGGUGAACAUCCAGCCGUCCUCGUCCGUAAAGAACACGGGGAUUGCAUCCUCUACAGGACUCAAGAAGCUCCGCCUAUUUGACCUGCGUUCAUCAUGGGACACACAAAGCCUCGAGAGCCUAGCAGCUUGUGCAUCGCGCCAGGGGCGUCAAGUCACACUCCAUCCCUCACUCGCCGAGUUUAUGAAUACGCUGAUGAGACCCAUCAGUUUAAAGCUUGAGCAAAUGGAAUCUUUGUCAUCAGCUAAACGGCCUGUGCUUGUUACCAUGCAUGGUAGACAUGCAAUCAUUCGACGUCGCGUCAAGGUUCAUCUGAUGGAUUACUGCGCAACAGAACCAGAUCACAUGUCAGCGAUCCUAUCUUCCGUCAGCCAGGUGUCACAUGAUGAGCAUAAGUGGAUACUGACAGAGAUAUCUGAGCACCUUAAAGCUAACACAGUCGGUGUUUUUACCACUCUGCAACUAGGCCUUGAGGGACUUGGCAUGGGUUUCAUGGGUACAACAGCCCGCCCUCUAUCAGUGUCUGUAUUUGGAUGCUUGGAGGGGGAAGCUCAGGUCGAGACUAAACAAGACCAAGCUUGCAUCAUGGCGAUUGAAGAAAUGUUCAAGUCUUCCUCGCGAGUGAAACAGAUGGUGACGGAAUUGCUUUCCGGUUUCAAGAAGUCUUACCUCCCUCCCAUUUGUGGAUCCCGGAAAGCUCAAAGUGUUGUGGGAGGCCGUCUUGCCAGCAUCACAGAGGUUCACGAGAUCCAAGAGAAGACUAUUGCUUGUCCAUCUAUUGCGUUAACCACCGAGGUGAACGCCCAGCCGUCCCCACCCGUAAAGUCGAUGGUGACUGCAUCCUCUACCGGACACAAGAAGCUCCGCCCUUUUGACAUGCGUGCAUCAUGGGACACACAAAGCUUCGAGAGCCUAGCAGCUUGUGCAUCGCGCCAGGGGCGUCAAGUCACACUCCAUCCCUCACUCGUCGAGUCUCUGACUACGCUGAUGAGACCCCUCAGUUUAAAGCAUAAGCAAAUGGAACCUCUGUCAUCGUCAGCUAAACUACCUGUGUUGGUUACAUGUAGUGGAAGACACGCAACCAUCCGACGUCGCGUCAAGGUUUAUCUGAUUGAUUACUGCGCAACAGAGCCAGACCACAUGUCUACUCUCCUAUCUUCUGUCAGCCAGGUGUCACAUGAUGAGCAUGAGUGGAUGGUGGCAGAGAUGUCUGAGCACCUUAAAGCUAACACAGUCAGUGUAACCACUCUGCAACUAGGCGUUGAGGGAAUUGGCAUGGGUUUCAUUGAUACAACAGCCCGCCCUCUAUCAGUGUCUGUAUUUGGAUGCUUGGAGGGGGAAGCUCAGGUCGAGACUAAACAAGACCAAGCUUGCAUCAUGGCGAUUGGAGAAAUGUUCAAGCCGUCCUCGCGGGUGAGACAGACGGUGACGGAAUUGCCUUUCUGUCUCAAGAAGCCCCACGUUCCUCACAUUUGUGGAUCCUGGAAAACUCAAAGUGUUGAGGGAGGCCGUCAUCCCAGCAUCAAGGAGGUGCACCAGAUGCAGGAGGAGACUAGGGCUUGUCCAUCUAUUGCGUCGACAGACCGCCAAGAGAGUGAUGCUCUCGUAACCACCGAGGUGAACAUCCAGCCGUCCUCGUCCGUAAAGAACACGGGGAUUGCAUCCUCUACAGGACUCAAGAAGCUCCGCCUAUUUGACCUGCGUUCAUCAUGGGACACACAAAGCCUCGAGAGCCUAGCAGCUUGUGCAUCGCGCCAGGGGCGUCAAGUCACACUCCAUCCCUCACUCGCCGAGUUUAUGAAUACGCUGAUGAGACCCAUCAGUUUAAAGCUUGAGCAAAUGGAAUCUUUGUCAUCAGCUAAACGGCCUGUGCUUGUUACCAUGCAUGGUAGACAUGCAAUCAUUCGACGUCGCGUCAAGGUUCAUCUGAUGGAUUACUGCGCAACAGAACCAGAUCACAUGUCAGCGAUCCUAUCUUCCGUCAGCCAGGUGUCACAUGAUGAGCAUAAGUGGAUACUGACAGAGAUAUCUGAGCACCUUAAAGCUAACACAGUCGGUGUUUUUACCACUCUGCAACUAGGCCUUGAGGGACUUGGCAUGGGUUUCAUGGGUACAACAGCCCGCCCUCUAUCAGUGUCUGUAUUUGGAUGCUUGGAGGGGGAAGCUCAGGUCGAGACUAAACAAGACCAAGCUUGCAUCAUGGCGAUUGAAGAAAUGUUCAAGUCUUCCUCGCGAGUGAAACAGAUGGUGACGGAAUUGCUUUCCGGUUUCAAGAAGUCUUACCUCCCUCCCAUUUGUGGAUCCCGGAAAGCUCAAAGUGUUGUGGGAGGCCGUUUUGCCAGCAUCACAGAGGUACACCAGAUACAAGAGGAAACUAGGGCUUGUCCAUCUAUUGCGUCGACAGAACUCCAAAAUAGUGUUGCUCUCGUAACCACCGGGGUGAACGUCCAGCCGUCCUCAUCUGUAAAGUCGAUGGUGAUUGCAUCCUUUUCGGGCUUCAAGAAGCUCCGCCCUUUCGACCUGCGUGCAUCAUGGGACACACAAAGCCUCGAGAGCCUAGCAGCUUGUGCAUCGCGCCAGGGGCGUCAAGUCACACUCCAUCCCUCACUCGCCGAGUUUCUGAAUACGCUGAUGAGACCCCUCAGCUUUAAGCUUGAGCAAAUGGAAACUUUGUCAUUGUCAGCUAAACGACCUGUGCUUGUUACCAUGCAUGGUAGACAUGCAAUCAUUCGACGUCGCGUCAAGGUUCAUCUGAUGGAUUACAGCGCAACAGAACAAGACCACAUGUCAGCGCUCCUAUCUCCCUUCAGCCAAGUGUCAAAUGAUAAGCAUGAGUGGAUGGUGGCAGAUAUAUCUGAGCACCUUAAAGCUAAAAAACUCAGUGUUUCCACUCUGCAAUUAGACCUUGAAAGACUUGGCAUAGGUCUCAUGGAUAUGGCAGUCCGUUCUCUAUUAGAGGCUGGAUUUGGUGUCGGGAAGAAAGAAGCUCGGAAGGAAAAAGUCGAGGAGACGAAACAAGAUCAAGCUUGCAUUAUAUCAACUGUAGAAAUGUUCUCGCCGGUGAGACAGAUGGUUAUCGAUUUACCUUUACCAGAUAAACCAGUCCCUGGACCAGUGUAUGAGUCUAAGUCAUCUUCGCUGGAAGAGGAAUGUCAAGGCAAAGAUAUUAAGCUAAAGCAGUAUGAAUGUUUUGAAGAAGAGCCUCAGUACCCAAUGACAGAGACGUUACCCAAAGGUAACGCAGACGGUGUUACAACGCUGGGAACAGAUUUUGCAGGAGGUUUACCAGAUACAGCAGUCCCUGCACCAGUGUAUGAGUCUAAAUCAUCUUCGCUGGGAGAGGAAAGUAAAGGCGAAGACACUGCGCUAGAGCAGGAUGAAUGUUGUGUAGAAGAGCCUAAGUGUUUAAUGUCAGAGACGUUACCCGAAAGUAUCACUGACGCUGUAUCUAUCCAGUAUAACCAGUAUCUCAAAAAGGACGAAAAGUCGUCAAGUGUAGACGAACCACAGCUGGUCAUUGGAGGCGAAGAGGAUCGGGUAUCAAAGAAUUACAACGAUGCUAACCUAGCAACUGAUGCAGGUGUUGUGCAUACUCCAAAUGAAGGCGUUGAUCGGGAGCUUCCCUCGGAUCGCACACCUCCGAUGUCUACUAAUGAUCUGGACACUAGCAAAGAAAACCAGCAGCUCCUUCAUAAGUGCGCCCAAACACAGAAGAAGAAGCCGAAGCGCAAAAACCAAAGACCAAAAACAUCUCAACGCAAAUCACGGAAAGACAAACAAGAGUGUCAGAAGAACGAAAACGAAACAAAAUAUUCGGUAAUAGAAAAGGAAUCCAUCCUUCAUAACUUCAAGACAGAAGCUAUAGUCGAACAAGACGUAGUAUCUGCUAAGCAAUACCCCAUGACAGAGUCAUCAGGCGCGAGACGUGAUGAAAUCAGCCAUCAGUCUCCUCAUAAGUCGCCGACAGCUUCUGAACUAGCCGCAGGUAUAACGGAUGCACAAGAAGGAAAGGUCAAGGGAGGUAAUAAGCUCAACGUUCAGACAAAGCAGAACAAGUCGAAAAAGACGGAUACAAAAAGGCCAAAUUAUUGUCUGUGCAAGAAGUAAAGAUCAAUCUCCGAGAGAGCAAAAACCAGAACAGAAAGGAAAGUAAAAAAAGGAAGCAUCGGAACAAUCAUGUCGAUGAUUACUCCAGAGAGGGCCACGCCUGUGGAGUAAUGGGUAGACCUUCCACGCCUACCACCACCAAGAGGAGUUCAUGCGCCACAGCGACCCAAAAGGGAAACAGCACAGGGAGAGAAAACCACAGAGAAUCAUACCAGGCGAAUGGUAUGGUACAAGAUGGCGCAAGAUCAAUUAAUAGGUAAAG